UCAGGCUGGUCUUGGGGAAAUAAUGACAGAGAGGGAGAAGUGGGGCAGGUUACAGAGUCAAGAACUGGAUCAAACUUGAGGACUACCCCUGUCAAUGUGUUCCUGUUUGCUAUGAGCUCCUCUUUAUUAUCUUCUGAAACAUCCACACCGGACCAUGAGAAGACACAGACCAGGAAAUGACCCCAAACAAACAAACAGCUAGCUCAGUUAGCUGCUCAGCUAGCUCUGGCCGGCUAUCAUCAGUACAUGUCACAGAGCUAACAGAGCUAACUUCAGUCAGCGGGGCUCUGCCUGCCUGUCAGCCGGGACAGAGAGCCUCCCUCCGGCUGCAGUGACUGACCUUCCUCCCCUCGUGGAGCUCCGUGAGACCUCCUCUCCUGUCAGUCUGAGCAGAACGAAGCAGCUCCUCCACGCCAUGGUGGAGCCGGUGACCCCGAGAGGCCGACCUCCGGCAGGUCCUUCACUUCCGGGUCACCGGGGAGCUGAGGGGACCGAGCGGAGUUAUCACAGCGCCGCCCGGAGGACAGAGAGAGCACUUUUAUUUUGAAGGCGGCAAACAGCGGAAGUGCAGCUGUUGCUUCCGGUGGUUGUGUUUCUGGUGGUCUUGCUCGGCUCGGCUCAGAACCGAGCAGCUGCGGUGGUUUCAGCCGUAGUGGACCCGAAGUGGACCCGUAGUGGACCUGUGUGUGACCGUGGAGGAAAGAUGGCGGCCCCUCCUCUCUCCAGCCGGGCUGGCUCGGCGGGCAGUGUCGGGAACAGCCUCGGGAACAGCCUCGGGAACAGCCCCACCAUGGCCGCCGGGAGGCUCCCUCACGGAGGAGGCGUCGGGCCCGAGCUGGACUUCAGGUCGGCGGCCCGCAUGGAGGACCUGAACCGACUGAUCCAGGACUUCAGCAAGCACGACCAACGGGAGUACGACGACCAGAGGGCCCUGGAGAUCCACACGGCCAAGGACUUCAUCUUCUCCAUGCUAGGAAUGGUUCAGAAGCUGGACCAGAAGCUCCCGGUGGCGAACGAGUACCUCCUCCUGUCGGGUGGAGUCAGGGAGGGCGUGGUGGACAUGGACCUGGACGAGCUGAGCGUCUACGCACGCGGCACAGACUACGACAUGGACUUCACCCUGCUGGUCCCGGCGCUCAAACUCCACGACCGAAACCAGCCGGUGACCCUGGACAUGAGGCACUCCGCCCUGGGCCACUCCUGGCUCAGCCUCCGCCUUUUUGACGAAGGCACCAUCAACAAGUGGAAGGACUGCUGCACCAUCGUGGACCACAUCAACGGGACCACCAACUACUUCUUCUCUCCGACGCUGGUGGCCGACUGGUUCUACCAGUCCAUCUCCCUGGUGCUGCUGGAGGUGCAGAAGAAGCCGCAGAGAGGGAUGCCCCGGGUGGAGAAGGUGGAGAGGAACGGCACCAUCAUCUCCGUCAUCCUGGGCGUGGGGAGCAGCCGCAUGCUCUACGACAUCGUCCCGGUGGUGUCCUUCAAAGGCUGGCCCGCCGUCGCUCAGAGCUGGCUGAUGGAGAACCACUUCUGGGACGGGAAGAUCACCGAGGAGGAGGUGAUCAGCGGCUUCUACCUGGUCCCCGCCUGCUCCUACAAAGGCCGCAAGGAGAACGAGUGGCGCCUGUCGUUCGCCCGCAGCGAGGUGCAGCUGAAGAAGUGCAUCUCGACCAGCCUGAUGCAGGCGUACCAGGCGUGCAAGGCCAUCAUCAUCAAGCUGCUGUCGCGCCCCAAAGCCAUCAGCCCGUACCACCUCCGCAGCAUCAUGCUGUGGGCCUGCGACCGCCUGCCGGCCAACUACCUGUCCCAGGACGACUUCUCCGCCCACUUCCUGCUGGGCCUGAUCGACGACCUGCAGCACUGCCUCGUCAACAAGAUGUGUCCCAACUACUUCAUUCCUCAGUGCAACAUGCUGGAGCACCUGUCGGACGAGACCGCCAUGCUGCACGCCCGCAAACUCUCCUCGGUGCGCUCGGACCCCGCCGAGCACCUCCGCACCACCAUCGAGCACGCCAAGGCCGCCAACAGGCUGACGGUGGACCUGCAGUGGCGAGGCAGCUCCAACAACUUGCCGUCCCCGCAGUCCGACGCCGGCGGCGAGAAUCAGCCCGACGACCGGCUGGCGAAGAAGCUGCAGCAGCUGGUCACCGAGAACCCCGGGAAGUCCAUCUCGGUGUUCAUCAACCCGGACGACGUCACGCGGCCGCACUUCCGCAUCGAUGACAAGUUCUUCUGAGACUGACGGACCUCCUCUCCCUCCUCCUUCACGCCCUGUCCCCGUCCCUGUCCCUGGUCCCAGUCCCCGCCCCCGUCCCCGCCCCCUCUGAAACUUAAUUUUGUACAUUUUUUUAUGUUUCUCUGCCACAGAGUGAAGUGCGGUGAUCGUGUAGUCGUGUCUGCCACAGUUUUUUAUUUUGGAUGUUUAUUUUUCUAUUCCUCGCCCCUCUCCUCCUCUCACUGUGUGCCCUGUGUUCUCUACCUGCUGAAUGCCUUUUAAACAGACAGACGGAGACGCUGACCCCACGUGAAGGUCGAUUUAUCAUCAGGGAAACGUUGAGAGGAAACCAACCACUCCUGAGGGGUGUCCCAGAAGCUUGAUGGAGGUUCAUGUUAGGGUCUCUGAUGAAGAUGGCGGGCGGUGGUCGGCCCGAGAUAACCGAUACUGAUUGAAAAUGAUCCGUAGGAACGAAGACUGAAUCACUGACUGGAAGAAAGACACAUCUCAGAAUCUGAACGAGGGGGUCUCAACCUAACACACACACACACACACACACACACACACACACACACACACACACACACACACACACACACACACACACACACACACACACACACAAACGCUAUCUUAGACUCAUUCUCUCACCUUGUUUUCUCUCCUCCUCACUUCUUCUUCCUCAUCUUUCCUUGUCUCCUCGCUCCUUCCCUCUCCCCCCUCCUUAUAUUUCCUCCUCUCCUCUCCUUGUUUCUUCUCCUCUCCUUGCUCCCUUCCCAUUCCUCCUCCUUAUAUUUCCUCCUCUCCUCUCCUUGUUUCCUCUCCUCUCCUUGCUCCCUUCCCAUUCCUCCUCCUUAUAUUUCCUCCUCUCCUCUCAUUGUUCCUUCUCCUCUCCUUGCUCCCUUCCCUUUCCCCCUCCUUAUGCUUCCUCCUCUCCUCUCCUUGUUUCUUCUCCUCUCCUUGCUCCCUUCCCCUUUCCCCCCUCCUUAUGUUUCCUCCUCCUCUCCUUGUUUCCUCUCCUCUCUUCCUCUGUGGUAUUUAUGCGUCCUGUCGUCUCAGCACCUGUCCUCCACCUGCUCUCCUCUCUUCUUCUCUCUGUUUCCUGCUGGGUCUUGUUGAAAACACACACACACACACACACACACACACACACACACACACUCACACACACACACACACACACACACACACACACCUCGCUCCCUCCCCUCGUGGUGAUCGAUGGAGGAGGGAGGACAGCCGAGUGAAGGAACGGUCACCAGAGGGAGUCAGACCGCCAUCUGACGACCCCCCAGGAAUGAUCCUGUGGCCCUGGUGUGGGGGCAGGACCCAAAGGUUGAGAACCCCUCCUGUAAAGAAUCCGAUCUCUUCUCUGCAGGAGCCUGGUCUCUAAGAAUAGACUCCUCAGAUCCGGUACGUGAGACGCUCUCUGAGACGUCGUCAUCAGUAAGGGCUAGUCUCCCAGACAGCGUCUCAGAAGUGGAUCUGAGUUCCUCGUGACGGUCUGAGCUCCUCGUGACGGUCUGAGUUCCUCGUGACGGUCUGAGUUCCUCGUGACGGUCUGAGUUCCUCGUGACGGUCUGAGCUCCUCGUGACGGUCUGAGCUCGAUGAGAUAUUUUUAACCGGCUCCCAGAGACGAUGGGACGAGACGUCCCGUACGAAGACAGACUGGAAUCUUAAACCCAGGACUGAAGACCGCAGGGUCCUGAUUGAGGGUGGAUUUCGUCCCUGUGAAGAAUGUCUCAGCCCCCCCUCGGGGGGGCGACGGUACUAACGUCUUAGAAACUAACUGUAAAUAGAAGACUGGACGGUGAAGUGUGUAGACGGAGACAUAGAGACUUAGAGACUCAUGAUAAAAUGAGGGGACUACUUUUUCGUCUAACUUUGCACAGAAUGUAAAAAAACACCACUUCUCCUCUCGAUGGGGGACGCCGUGUUCGUCCUGAUCCUGAAACCAUGUGUCAUAUCAGUGGACAGGUGAUGCUCCUGAAGGGGGCGGGGUCACACUGCAGCUUUUAAAGGUGUUAACCUGUGGAGGAGCAGCGGGUACGCAGAGGUGCUGCGGAGGAAGCAGACGGGUUGAGUCAUGCAGCUUCAGGGAGGUCUCGUGUCCUGAUCCUACCCGUUCAGACCGCGUUUCAAACUUAUCUCUAUUCUUCUUCUGUGAUCUGUCGGGAGGAGACGACUCUCACGUAGAGCUGGGCGAUAUAGAAAAAGAUGUUAUCAGGAUAAAUAUGGAAUCAUUAUUUCAUUUAAAUGUAAAGUCAGAUUUCUCUCCUGAGUGAAAGUGAAGUGAUCUGGAUUCAGUUCUCUGAUGAGCCAGGAAGCAGGUCUUUAAAGGCACUAUGAGGAGUUUUAAACUGGCUGAGAAACAGACUGAAACUGAUCCUGAUGCCUCUUUAUGACCCUCAAAAACAAACAAGACCAUCAGUAACAACACUGAUAUCUUCUCUGUUGUCAUUUUAAAGCCUGAAACUGCUCUGAGGGGGGUAGGUGUCAGAACAGAUGAUGGACCUCUCCCUUCAGAAACUCCCUUUAUUGGCUGUUUUCAUUGUGUGAUAAGUCUAAAUGUUAAAAGACAACAGGAUGAGGUUAUUGUCUGAAGACACUCAUUUUGCAUUUACAGGACAAGAGAUAAGAGGUAUCACUUUGUCCUCAAGGGGGCGCCAGAAUCGAUACAAACUAAAAGUUCCUCACAGCAGCUUUAAUGUAAGAUGAGAUCAAUUUUUAUAAUUAUUUCUAUAGAGAAAAUUAUAAUUAUGAAUUAUCGCCCAGCCCUCCCCUCGUUAAUCCUUUAUGUAUGCUAACAGAAGACCGUGGAGUCUCAUUAGUCCCCAAAGACUCGUCCUUCUGAUUCCUCCACCUUUGACCUCCUCGUUAGAAAGUAGGAGGAGCUCAAAGACGGGAUGUCACGCUCAGCGAGGCGCCGCUGAGCUUCUGUCUCUCUUUUUUAAUUUGAUUGGACAGCUGAAGAGAGACAGGAAACAUGGGGAGUGGAGAGAGGGGGAGGACAUGCAAGAAAUGGAAUCAAACCUGCAACCUGUAGCCUCUUCAUAUCGGGCGUGCGCUUAGACCGCUAGUCCAACGGCGCCCCAUUCUGUCUCUCUGUAGGACACUUGAAAGCAGUCCUAAUCCCAGCACUCCAGAACCCUCCUCCUCUGUUACCCUGCAAAGAAUCGGUCAUCGUUGAGUUACCCAACAAACUAUGAAAUGUUCCUUUUGGACCACAAAUCUGACCCUGAAAUGUUCUAAAGGAACAAAGAAACAUGAAGCAGCAAAGGAGAGGUAAUCAUGAGAGGAGAAUCUCACGUGGCUUUCGUGGCGGUCGAAUAUUAAAACAUCGUACGGCCUCUACGUACGAGCUCAAACUACGAGAGGACUGAGAGCUGCGACCCUGACGUACGGUCGACAACAUGGGGUGACGGUUUUGUCCUACUGCCCCUGAACGCAUCACGUCGUCCUCAGUCGCUCCUCCACAGGUUAAAAUCUGCUGCGUGGCGCCUCCUUCAGGUGUCCCCGUGUAUUCCUGUAGACAUGAUAUCACUGCAUCUCUUUCCACUCGCUCCCGUCACUUUAUUUGAUUUUCACGGUUCGAUCUGAGUUUCUGUAAACUCCACUUUAUGACCUCGUGUGUUUGAGAGUUCUCUUUCUGCUGCUUUUAUUUGUGUUUACAACUCUCUCUCUCUCUCUAUCUCUCUCUCUCUAUCUCUCUCUCUCUCUCUCUCUCUCUCUCCUCUCUGUCUCUCUCUCUGUCUCUCUAUAUCUCUCUCUCUCUCUCCCUCUCUCUCUCUCUCUCUCUCUCUCUCUCACUCGCUCUCUCUCUCUC